AUGCAAAUAGGCCCCGCCCGCUCCCUGCCUGCUGACACAGCAGCUCGUAACCAGAGCUCACACAACCAGGACGUCCUGCCCUACCACAGCUCAGCUCCAUCAGCCGGUCAGUAUGGCAGCAGCAGCCUGGCCGCGGCGGCUCUCCCUCCGGUCCUGAGGAGAGACUCAGCUCACCUCCCAAGCCCUCAUCUCCAUCCCUCCCGCACCUCCUCCUCCUCCUCCUCCUGCCUUGUGGAGCUCCAUGUGACGCCCACCACCGUCGGUGCCUCCCCGGGAUUCGGGGUUGGAGAUGCCCGAGCGACGAUGGGCCAGCACGGCGACAACAGCAGCGCGACGGAGCGGGUGGUGAUCAACGUGGGGGGGAUCCGGCACCAGACGUACCGCAGCACCCUGCGCACCCUGCCGGGCACCCGGCUGGCCUGGCUGGCCGAGCCCGACGCCCACGACCGCUUCGACUACGACUCCAAGUCCGAGGAGUUCUUCUUCGACCGACACCCGGGGGUUUUCGCCCACAUCCUCAACUACUACCGCACCGGGAAGCUGCACUGCCCGGCGGACGUGUGCGGGCCGCUGUACGAGGAGGAGCUCGCCUUCUGGGGCAUCGACGAGACGGACGUGGAGCCCUGCUGCUGGAUGACCUACCGCCAGCACCGGGAGGCCGAGGAGGCGCUGGACAGCUUCGGCGGGGGGCCGAUGGAGGCCGGACCCGAGGACGGGGACGGAGACGGCGGGGAGCCCGGGGAAGGCGACGACGAGGUGGAGAUGACCAAGCGGCUGGCGCUGGGCGGGGAGCCGCCCGAGGGCCGGCCCGCCGGCACCUGGAGGCGCUGGCAGAAGAAGGUGUGGGCGCUGUUUGAGGACCCCUACUCCUCCAAAUAUGCAAGGUGGGUGGCCUUUGCCUCCCUGUUCUUCAUCCUGGUGUCCAUCACCACCUUCUGCUUGGAGACCCACGAGGCCUUCAACCCCAUCUUCAACUUCACCGACACGGAUCCAGUGGACAACAGCACGCGAACCUACCUGGAGACAGAGACUGUGGUCUACCUCACCUACAUCGAAGGCGUCUGCGUCAUCUGGUUCACCUUUGAGUUCCUGAUGCGCGUGACCUUCUGCCCCAACAAGCUGGAGUUCAUACGAAACACUCUGAACAUCAUUGACUUUGUCGCGAUCCUGCCGUUUUAUUUAGAGGUGGGCCUGAGCGGCCUCUCGUCCAAAGCGGCGAAAGACGUCCUCGGGUUUCUCCGAGUCGUGAGGUUUGUGCGGAUCCUUCGCAUCUUCAAGCUGACUCGCCACUUCGUCGGCUUGAGGGUUUUAGGCCACACGUUGCGGGCCAGCACCAACGAGUUCCUCCUCCUCAUCAUCUUCCUCGCGCUCGGCGUGCUCAUCUUCGCCACCAUGAUCUACUACGCCGAGCGCAUCAGCGCCAAGCCCAACGAUCCACGUGCCAGUGAUCACACGCACUUCAAAAACAUCCCCAUUGGCUUCUGGUGGGCCGUGGUCACCAUGACGACCCUCGGCUACGGGGACAUGUAUCCCCAGACGUGGUCGGGGAUGCUCGUCGGCGCCCUCUGCGCCCUGGCCGGGGUGCUGACCAUCGCCAUGCCCGUGCCCGUCAUCGUCAACAACUUUGGCAUGUAUUACUCCCUGGCCAUGGCCAAACAAAAACUACCAAAGAAGAAGAAUAAGCAUAUCCCCCGCGCGCCGCACCCGGGUGUCGCCAACUACUGCCGCUCGGGGCUGAACACGCCUCAGGGCAGCCUGCACAGCGACACCUGCGCCCCGCCGGGCUCAAACAGCGACACCUGUCCUCUGGCGGCCCAGGAGGAAGGACCCGACCUCAGCAAGCCAGGUUUGCUUCCAGAUCCCAAGGUGAACGGGGAGGCGGCCAAGGCAGCUCUGGCCAAUGAGGACUGUCCUCACAUCGACCAGGCCCUCUCGCCGGAGGACGGGCAGAUAUUCAGCCAGGCGGCCGAGCCCGCCGAGCCGCCCUGCUUCCUGCUGGCUCUGGGAGGACGGCCAAGCCACGCGGGGUCCAGGCGCAACAAGGCAGGGACUCGGCCAGGCAGGGCCAAGCGGGACACCAAGCGGGACACCAAGCGGGACACCAAGAGGGACACCAAGCGGGACACACACUCGGUGUGUGUGAUGAACCAGGGAGUUCCCACCACCCUGUGUACGGGACACAACCUGCCCUCCCCUCCUCAGCCUCCACGCUGA